GUGAACGCACCCAUUGGCUAAAUUGUCAGAUUCUGCAUAGAAUCUGCGCAGAAUGAUCUCUGUGAAUGCACCCUAUCAUAGCCGCACGGGGUGUACUCUCUUUAAAUCGUAGCGCUGCUUGAUUGUAUUACUAUAACAGUUCAGCUUCUAAAUAGUCUGGUUCUGAGUAGAUUAUUGCAUUGAUGGAUGAUUCCAAUGUUAGAACGUAUGCAGAUAGCCUUGAUGAUCCUCCAAACAGUCGGUUGUUCUUAGUGACAAGUAAGUCCACUACUGACGAGGUAAUUCGGGAGCAUUUUUCAGUUUUUGGGGAGAUUCAAGACAUCUGGGUGGUAAAAGACAAACACACUAAAGAGUCGAAAGGAGUUGCCUUCGUUAAAUUUGCCAAAUCAUCGCAGGCAUGCAAAGCUAUGGAAGACAUGCACGGGAAAUGUCUUGCAGAAGGAACAAAACCAAUUAAGGUGUUCAUUGCCCAGUCCAGAUCCUCUGGGAGUCAUCGAGAUGUUGAAGAUGAAGAGCUGACCAGGAUCUUUAUUAUGAUUCCCAAAACAUUUACAGAAGAGGAUUUAAAGGAAAAGUUCAAGGAAUAUGGCGACAUUGAGUAUUGCAUUGUUAUAAGGAAUAAGACCACAGGAGAAAGUAAAGGUUUGGGCUAUGUGAGAUACUUGAAGCCUUCCCAAGCAGCCAUGGCUAUUGAAAACUGUGACAGAAAUUACAGAGCAAUACUUGCAGAACCCAAAAACAGAACUUCUGCAUCCUGUGAAAAUGAUUAUUUCAGUACUCCAAGAUUUGAUCACAUGAGCCACGAUCCUGGAAUGAAUUCAUAUCCAUUUGCUGAAGCCGGUAAUUUUGGAGUGAAUGAGAUUCGAGGCAGUGACUCGAUCACUAAAUGUCUGUUGGUCUCUUCCCGAGCCAGUCUGUCACAGGAACAGAUGUUUAAUCUUUUUGACCUCAUUCCUGGUCUGGAUAAUUGUGAAAUGCAGAGAGAUCCUUAUGGAUAUAAUAAAGGUCAAGCUUUGGUUCGGUAUAAUAAUGUGGGAUCAGCAGUAUAUGCAAAAGAAAAACUGCACGGUUUUGAAUACCCUCCUGGAAAUAGGCUGGUUCUUACCUACAUAGAGGAUGGAGAAGAAAAGUCAAGUCCUGUUGGAAUGAUGGCUUUGCAGCUGGUUACCGCUCAGAUGAUGUCCAUGGUUUGGAGUAGUCCAGUUGGUCAGCAAUUAAUGAAACCAAACUCUGGGUACUCUUCUGGAAGCAACACUCAGAUGAAUCGCUUGCAGACAGAUGUCUCCUUGCCUCCACACAGAAAACUGGCUCCAGCUGAUAGCAGAGUCAAGGAGAGGCUUUUUAUCGUCUUUAAUCCAGCUCCUUUGUCUGUAGAUGUUUUGGAGGAUGUUUUCUGUCGAUUUGGAUCCCUCAUAGAAGUGUACAUUGUGCAGGGGCGCAAUGUUGGAUACAUUAAAUUUGCAGACAGAAAGAGUGCCAAUGAGGCCAUGAUAACUUUGCACGGUAAAGUGAUAAAUGGAGUCAAACUCAAAGUGAUGCUUGCCGAUCCACCCAAAGAAGAAUCUCAUAAGCGACAGAGAACAUAUUAGAUCUCAAUGAAUCUGUAUUGAAAUGAGUUAAAUGACAUGACCCUCAGCAUGACUGGUAGAAAUGGUGACUGAGCCUGAUUUACGACCGACAGUGACUACCUUUUUGGUGACAUUGGUACUAACUGUAUACUUUUUUUUUUUUGUUUGUUUGUUUUUUUAAACUGUUGGAGCUAAAAAAAGUAUUUUGACAGAAAUCAAAAGAUAAUGGAUCAAGUGACUGUGUACACUAGAUGUUAAAUAGUUUUAUCUUGGAUUAAGUUGGAAUAAAACAUUUUUUUGUUCA